CUACCAUUUAAUUUUCGGCUUUCGUCUCCAACACAACAAGUCAAAUUCGCUCCAAAAUUCUGUUUUUAUAUUUUCAAAAUUAUCAAAGUUCUUUUAGAUUUACCUUUUAAAUUACAACAUGGCUUACAGCGGCAUGGGGCUACCGGGUAUUUUUUGUCCGGAUGAAAGCGUUGAGCAGUUUGCAAGACUUUACGGAAGUGAUAAUUUUAGCAAAAUUAUGAUAAUGGCCACGAGCAGUCGUCAUCCUCAUGAUUAUUUGAAUAAUCUGCAGGCACCAGUUCAUCAGUCACCGGGAAUAUUGGAGGUCGACCCAUCAAGGUAUUAUGGAAACCCACCACCUACUAAAGAGCGAAAUCCUAAAGUUAACCCUCCAUAUGGUGUUCAUCCUGUUCAAGGAUCCAGACCCGUAAUGCAUGGGGCCUGUGGUGACCAUUAUAGACCCCCGCCAAAUUUUAAGAGCUAUAAGCCCGAAUAUCCCUUGGGACACCCCCAUCCAGGAGUCCAAAAUCAGCCGCAAAUGCAGUACCAUCCUCAGCAGUCGCAGCACCUGAAUUUUAUAUAUCCACCUCCACCUGGACCCAGAUUUCCUUGGCUUUAAAUCACGUAUUCCGGCCAAAUCCAUUUAAGCAAUCGACUUCGCUUGUUUGUAAGUUUUUGUUGGUAACGGUUCAGCCAUGACGUGCAUUUCUGUAUCGAAAAUCUUAUUUUGUAUCACAAUUAUGCA